GGACGUGGGAUGGGGAUCGGCAGCACUGGGGACACUGUGAAGGGGAAGGCCGGGACUGGGGCCACUGGCAGCCGUGACACUGGGGAUGGGAACAGCUGGGAACAGGGACCAGGGCCAGCCCGAGCCGCUGAUUCUGUUCCCGGGCAGUGGGCACAGCAGCCCCAUGGCUAGUGGCAGAAGGCCGUUUGGGGAGCAGCCGUGGGUCCCAGCUCACCAAGCCCCACCUCGCCACCCCCACAGGACCAUCUGGGUGCUCACCAUGGCUGCAGCACGGCUCGUCACCUGGGGGCUGCUCCUAGCCGGCAGCGUUCUCGCUGGGGCCCGGGAGAUGCUGACAAUGAGGGCUGUCCUCCAACGGACCCUGCAGCGGGACAGGGACCCACUGCAAAACCCUGCCCGGGGACAUAUUGGGCCGGGCCUGUCCCCCACCUGGGAGGCGUCGGGAGAUCCGAGUGGUGCUGGGGUCCUCAGGAGUGAGCAUGGGGGGGGCAGCAGCCCUGUACGCUGGUCCUCACUUCUGCAUCUGGGGGAUGCCCCUGGGCGACCCCUGGAGACAGAAACCACCAUAGUUGGCACCAGGGCCUGGCAGGACCGUGACACAGCCCAAGCCAUGGCAGAGAAGCCACUUGUCACCUGGCAAGGACACGAAGCUGGAGACCAGGACAGCCCCUGGGGAAUAACCUGGAUGCUGCACAGCUCUGCAUCAGGGAGGCCAGACUCCAAGGGGCCCACAAACACUGAGCUGGGCUCCUCAGGGCCACCCUGGGCAGGGCAGGGCCCAUCCCUCUCUGAACAGAGUGCCACCAAGCCAGCCAGCACCCCUAGCCCACAGGCAACUGUGUCCACCAUUGUCUUGACCCCCAAGACAGCAGCAGGGGACAGAGACAGGGACAGCAGAUGUCCAUGUAGGGGGGGCAGCCAGCUGGAGGGGACACCCACGAUAGCCCCAGGUCUUCUCCAGAAAAUACUGCUCACUCCAGCCAGCAGCAAGGUGAUCCCCCUGGGCACUGUCCCCAUCUCCCACCUCACUGGCACAGAGCCAGCCAAGGGUCCCCACACUAGCCCCAGUUCUGAACAGGCCAGCAGGCAGACUGGGGGACCUUGAGGCCCCCCAGCCCCUCUCUGGCUCUGUCCAGCUCUGCCCCUCAGCUGCCCUCGGCAGCUCCAUCCUGGGGGGCUGGCUGAGCCCUGGACCCAGGUACUCCCACCCACCAGCGCAGCACCCGGAGAGCCCCACUCAGCCAUGCCACCGGCCAGCCCUGGGUACACGGCCCCUCACACAGACCCUGGCAUGACUGACCAGCAGGGACCCCAGCCUGGUCCAGAGACUGCCCUCAGCACCAGCCAAGCACCACUGCCUGCCUCCAGCAUGGACCUCCUCGGCACCCCUGGCACAGAGCUGCUGCCUGAGGAGGACGUUGGCUCCCCACAGCGGGUCCGGGGUGCCGUGGGCCCUGUGAGUGUCCCAAAUGCUACUGAGGCCACUCCACAGCCAAAAGUGCAUCCUGCCACAAGGACACCCGGGACCAAGCGUUCAGAGAUUAGUGCUAAAUGCCCAGCAGGUGGUGGCUUCCCAGGGGCACGCCCUGGGAACGCAGUACUCUCCCCACGGCACCGUGACGCCCUCAGCUACAUGGCGCUGGGCAGGUUGACGCCACAGCCAGUGCCUCGGCAUCCAUCCACACCGCAGCUGCAGCCUAGCCACGUCCCGCCGUGCCAGCUGCCAACGGGACGGAGCUGCGCUGGGCUGAGUUGCGGCACCGGUUGGGCUUUUCCUGGGGAGGUCCAUGUCUACGGAGCAGCUGCCAUCUUCCUCCUGCUGGCGCUAGGCUGCCUGGCAGGGCUGGCAGGAGCAGCUGCCCUGCGUCCCACUCACCUGCCCCACAUUUUAGGGGCCCAUGGACAGCCUGCCGCCUGCCUGCUGCGGGCCACCUUCCUGCUUCUGGAUCCUUACGGAAUACGGGGACGCCUGCACCCCCGGGCUGUGCUGCUUCUCAGCACUGUCCCCUUCCCUCUACUGCUCAGCACCUCGCUCUCCUCUCCAGCGGAGUUCAGUGCUGGGGCUGCUGACCUCCUCCCUCCUCGGCUGGGGCCCCGGCACCGCACUGGUGCUGCAGGCAUUGGGGGCUGCGGGGUCUGGGGGCCCUGCUACUGUUGGGGGGGACUCUGGGGGUGCUGGAGGGUGCUGCAAGAACGCCAGGAAGAGUCAGGGGGUACUGGUGUGCCAGGGCUACAGUGGGGGGCCCGGGCACUGCUUGGCAGUGUGGUGGGGCUACCAGUGUGCGGGCUGCAGCUGUACAGUGCCCUGUGGCAUGCGAGAGGUCUGGGACCCCCUGGGCACUUCUCCCAGCGUGGCUGGGCGGCACAGCUCUGGCUGCGUGUUGGAGAACUGUGCAUGGCGCUGGCAACUGCUGGCGGGCUGGCUGAGCCGCUGUGCCGCCGGUGCUGGCCGCCGAGCCCUGCCAGCCACUCCUGCUGGGCCAAGGCGAUGCAGUACUUCUGUGCCGGCCACAAAGCUGAGGCACCUGAGUACCCCACAACUGCUACGACUGGCGGGGCACCUGCCAAUGAUAUCUCCAAGAGCCUCAUUCGCUACCCAGCAGAACAGCUGCCCCUGCGGGCACUGAAGGACAGCAACGAGAGGCCUGGCAGCGCUGCCCACACCGCCGGGAUACCAGGGCUCAGCCCCAAGUGCCCCAACGUGCUAGCGGUCCGGUCCUGCGCCACCUUCGAGCAGGGCUCGUCCCCCUCGCUGGGAGAGCUGAUCUUCCGCCCGCCGUCCCCCAUCGACCUGCGCCGCAGCAUCGACCAGGCCCUCUGCCGACGGCAUCUCCUGCAUGACAGCCUCUUCAGCGGCCCCGACUGACCCCCCGGCCUGGGGCGCAUGGUACGCUGCAGCUCGCUCACGGAGCUGCCUGGCGUCCGCCAGCCCCCUAGGUACCCGUCACUAUUGACUGGUCACGAAGCCUCAGCCAGCUCACUGGAGAGCAGUUCGCUGAAGAUCAGCUGGAACCCCUGCGCCAUGGGGCUCUCCUCCUCGCCCGACAGCCUACCCCUGGAUGAGACACCCAGCCGGGCCCCCCUCCUGGUGCCCGCCGUGCCCCCCAGCUGGGAGCGUGAGGGCGCCCGCAGCUUCCCUGCUCUCGGCAAGGCAGUGGAUAGCCGCAGCCUUUCCAGCGACACCAUUGAUCUCUGAGCCAGGGAGACGCAAGGAUAAGCAGAGACUGCGGGGGUCAGCGGGGACAAGCCCAGAGGGGGAGGCCAGGGGUCAGAUCCUGUGCCCCUGCAGGACUGGUUGGGAGAGGAGAGGAGCUGGGCUGGGCCAGCUCCGCUUGUGCCAAACGAGAAAUAAAAGUUUAUACUGGGAGGA